AUGGCUACAGGUGCGCAUGGCGACGAAGAUCAUGCGGCGAGUUGCGCCCCUCCAAUCGAGGUAGUUCACGCGUUCGGCUCGUGCCCGGACAAAGUCCGAGACAACAUUUGCGCGCUCGAUGAAGAGCGAGUCGUCUACGUCGUCGGCUCUCGUGUAGCGGUCACAGCCCCCGCCAACGGCAGCGCAAACGAUGGCGGUAGCGGUAGCAGUAGACUCGAGUUCCUCAGCACAGGGUUGCGCGUGGCCCGCGUGACCGCCGUCGCCUGCAGCCCAGACAGGCGGUUCGUCGCCGCGUGCUACAAGGCCGUCGUGGAGGAAGACCCGAAUCAAACCGCAGCGUAUGCCACGGUGUACCACAUGCCCUCGCGGCCACGCGCUUCUCGGGUGAAGACCCUCUCGUACGAACGACCAAGACGCCAACAACAGCAGGGUCAUUUGCGCUCGGGGGGCAGGAGCAGGAGCAGCAACAGCAGUAGGAGUAGUAGCCGGCACGAUUCCUACUGCAGUACAGCGUCCUCAGGCGGGACUGGUGAUAAAGGCUGCGGCAGGUUUUCUCCGCCGCCGACGGUCCUCCCAUCUGCAACCGCUGAGUUCGCCACGGCGACGUUCUCUCACGAUGGUCAGAUUCUCGCACUUCUCGAUGGGAGUCCCGCCUGGACCUUGCUCUGGUUCGAAUGGAAGACAGGGAAGAGGAUGUUUACCGUGCAGCUGGACUCGCCCGUGCACAGGGUCGCCUUAUCUCCGUUUGAUAAUAGCAAGACAGUCACCGCGGGAGCUGACGGUCUGUUCAGGAUAUGGAGCACGCAGCAAGGGGGCAAAGUUUCGUGUAUGGUCCCUAUCCCAGGCUUACGAGGAGACGUCUGCUACAGGGACGUUGCCUGGCUUAACGCCGACCGCCUCGUACUGGCCGCCCACGAGGGUACCGUGACCUUGGUGUCGCCGAAUGAGGUCCUUCAAGAGUGGGACUUGAGUCGUUCUGAUGGGCUAGGCGCUUCUUCUUUUCCCCCUGACGGCGAUGGGGCCGGCGAUUCUGCUGGCUCGGUCGGAACGGACGACACUCUGUCUGCAGGUGUGCAUGGCGGAAGCCUCAACGUCGUGGCAACGCAUCGGCGGGGCUUUUUCGUCGGGGGUAGUCGCGGACAAGUGCUGGUCUUCGAGCAGGAAACGAGGGCGGGGGGCGCCAGCGGCGGCAGGGAAACGUACGCGCUAGCCCGCGUAGUGCGAAUAUUCGGCGUUAGCCUUGUAGAGCUCAGGCCCACCAUGGAACCGGACUAUCGUUGGCUCCUGGCAGGAGGAGAGGACGGCGAGAUCGGGCUGCUCGACACAGACGAGAUUUUCAGCGCCGUUCCCGACGGCGAUUCCCUCACGUCUUCAGGGGGCGGGGGCGGCGGGUCCACGAGGCGGAAAGGAGGGGCAACCCUGACCAGCGGGACAACCGGGCCGCCAACAACAGACCAGAAGAAACGAACCCCCGUUCCCCGCCUUUGCCGUGGAGGCGGUCAUGCCCCGGCAACAGCGGCGGCGGGGGUAGCCCUCGAGACGAGCAGUAGUUCCACCGACGGCGGCGGAGAAGCUGUUUCGCGGGGGUUCGCGAAGGCGAUGGACGCCUUCGAGGACUCUCUCCGAGCCGCCGCGGACGCGGAACUGGCUUCGACCGGGACCGGGUCUCGACAGCAGGGCGGAAACCACAGGGGAAGCGCGUCGCUCUCGGCGGGUCCAAGCUCUGCUUCGGCGUCGAGAGAGACGGGAGGGAAGGUGAAGGCCAAUACUCAGUACCGCCCGGUAGCUCGGGCGCUGGGCGUGAGGGGUAUGCUGGGUGAGGGAGGAGGCGGAGGAGGAGGUUCUUUGAGUUGCUUAGCGGUGUGCGCGAGAAGGCCGCUGUUGGCUGCGAUCGCGAGGGGCGGAGGAGGUAUGUCGGCGAGGACGGAGGAUCAUCGCAACCUCGACGAGGACGAGUCCAGCGGCGCCGGUGAUGAGAGCCGUAGCGCCGCCGACGACUCUAAGGCGGACGACGGUAUGCCGCGAAAGAAGCGACAACGACAACAGCAGCAGCCGGCCGCCGGUGCGUCUGCAGGUGGCAUCGACGGGAGCUCCGAGAUCCAGAUCUGGAACUACCGCACGAAACGGUUGCUGGCCGGCGAGCUCCUGGGCAGUGUCGUUGUCGCGGGCGGAGACGAUCAGGUGGGGGGUGACGGGACGGACGCUGGGGGGGUGCGCGAAGAAGGUGCUACGUGCCCCGUUUCCAUCUCCCUCCACCCGUCGGGAGACUCCAUCGCGGUGGCCUUUCCCCACUGCGUGAAUGUGUUCUACAUUGUCGGGAGCGGGGGUGAGGCUAUCGGAGACCAGGACAACGCCUGCGGCGGCGGGGGUGGCGGCGUGACCGACCCGGUCACGUCCAAGGAGCCGCUGUCGAUGUCGCUGCAGCAGCUAGGGGUGGCCGAAGCGGUCGCUGCCGUGGAGAUGGCCCCGCUCGCGACGCUCCGGUCGGACCAGCGGGAGAUCCUGACGAAGGGGAUGUUCAGCGUGCCUGGGGAGCAAGAGCCGAUCAUCAACUGCGAACCCGUGUCCGCCGUGCACUACUCGCCGGGAGGACAUUUGAUCGCCGUCGUCACGGGGAAGGUUGUACAGGUCCUGGGUGUCCACAGCGGCACCGCCGGGGGACGCCUCGGUCGGGUGCAAACCCUUUCCGGGCAUGCCUCCGAUGUGUCGGCGUUCUGCUGGGGGGCGGAUAACCGGCGCUGCUGGACGGCGGCUGACGGUUACAUUUUCGAGUGGGAGGUGGGUUCAGGAUUGGGCGCCCUUGGAACAGACAAGGUAAGGCGCGGGGAGUUCGUGAGCAAGCGGGUGGCGUUCGAGGGCAUUGUGGCCGACCCCACCCUCGACGGUGGCUUGGUCGCCUGUUGCGUCUCCGCAGGCGGCGGCGGCGGCGGCGGCGGCGACGACAAGAAUCGUGCCGAUGCCGAUGGUGGGCGAAAGCUCAGCCGCGGCACGAUGGGCAAACUCGAUGGUGGCGCCCGCGGCAAAUCGCAGCGCGGCAGCGGGCUGCCGUCGGCGGCUCCCGCGGCAGAGAACUGCAGUCCCCACUUAGGGAAUGCUCCCAAACGAACCAAUUCAAACGGCAAUGACGGCAAUGCUACGGCCGAACUCCAAGCCCCCGGGGUCGGCGGUAGCAACACUAAUACCGGCGGCGAGCGCCGCUCGAAAAGGCGGCACUUGGAACCUUCCAGCACUUGCGCCACGACCGGCGGGAGCACCGCGCCCGUCUCGCUACUUCCCCGAGGCUCCUCCGCUGCCGCCGCCCGGCGCGGCGGCAGCAGGGUGGCCACCGCCGACGCCGCCCGCCUCGGAGAUCGAUGCCAGUCCUCCUCCUCCUUCUUCGUCUGGCCGCCCAAGCUGGAGCCCAUCUCUGGCGAGCCCGGGCUCGAGACGCGCUACAGGGGGGCGCACAACGUCCUCCUGGCGGGGACGAAGGGGGGCCUGGCGCUGGCGUUCGACUGGGGUUGCUUGCUCAGAGACAGCGCAGCCGGUGACGAAGAGAAAGGGGACCUGAGGGAGAAGGGCGGAGUGCUCGUGCCGUCCGCGCAGGUGUGUCUCCACAGUCUGCCGAUAACUUCGCUCGCUCUCACGGCGGACGGUAAGCACUUCUUCACCGCCGCAGAGGACGGCGCCGUGUUCAUGUGCAAGGUUCAGUUGGAGGGAAGACACACAACCACGAGCAACACCCGCGGUGCCACGACCUCCGUGGUCGGAAACGCCUACUCUUCAUUCCCCCCGAGACCGAAACCGAAGCCGAACGCGGUGGCAACCUCGUCACAACACGUUUCAAAGGGUGCGGAGAAAGUAGCGGACGCGGGAGCGGUCGGCAUAGUUCCAGCUCCAUCCGAGAGCUGCAUGGCUCUGGAGGCUUGUGUGGAGGAAGGGAUGGUGCUCAUGGAGGAAGAGGCCGUGGGGAGACUUCAGGCCAAGGCUGCCUCCGCUCUCCAGCAGCUUACCCACGUCAAGCACCAGGCCAGGUUCGAGCUGGAGAAAAGCAGCCGUGAUCAGCAAAAGGAGCUGGCCGCCGUCAAGGAAGCAGGGAGACUGGAGCUGUCGCUCAUGGAAGUGGACGUGGCCUCCCUGCGGCGAGCGCUGGUAAAAGGCAAGAAAGAGCGGGAGGAUCUCGCUAGGGACAGCAUUGAGCAGCGAAAGAGGGAAGCAUCAGCGAUGAACGCGAUGUACGAGAAGAAGCUUGCGCUGCAGGCGGAGAGCUACAUGCAGCUCAAGGUCGCGUACGAGGAGCUCAGCCAGGCCGCCGUCGACGACGCCGAGGAGAUGCAAGCGAAGGCGGAGAACGCCGCGAGAGAGCACGAAAGAUCCAAAAGGGAGGACAUGAAGAGGGUGUUGGAGGACCACCGCAUCCUCACGGGCUAUGUAGACUUUGUCGGAGCUCAGUUUCACAAAGCCAUCGACCACGAGCAAGCAGGCCACGACAAACAGGUGACCGCAACCGCAUAA